CUCACACACAUUUCACUUUAUCCACCACACUCCACCACAAAAAAACAGACACACAUACCCUUCUCAGUCAAAAAACACACAGUCCCAGAUUACCUACCGUCCUUUCUUUCUUUGGAUUACAACAAAGACAAUAACAAUAACCCUUCACCAAAAAAACCCAAAAAAACAAAACAUAAGCUGAGACUCAGACACAUAGAGAGAGAGAGACAGAGAGUGAGACACUUUCACACUUGUUAUAGUUUUAUAGAGAGACUUGUCUGAGUGAAACCCAGUUCCAAUUUUUUGGGUUUUCUUUUAUCCUAUCAUUUAUUUUAUUUUUUAAUUUUUUUACCCAUUUUUCCCCAAAAUCUGAUCCACCCCAGUUUCAUUUUAAUUUAAUUUCAAUUAAAUUAAAUUAAAAAUGUGUGCUUUCUCUGAUUCUUGAUCCCAACCCUAAACCCCUUUUUGAUUUUAGCCCCUUAUUUCUUUAUGGCUCCAAAAUCUUCAGGUGGUACAGGUGUUGCUACAAUGUUGUGAGCUAUUUUUGACAUAUAACCGGCUGAGUUAGGGUUUUCUGUCAAAUAUCGAUGGUUGCAAAGGGCUAGUGGAAGUAUGGACUGUUUCCAGACUGUUAGUCGUCUAAAGGGUUCUCUGUGCCAUCAGUUAUUAUUAUUCAUCAUUUGGUUAUCCAGUUUUCAAGAAUUGGUGGCAGUGAACACACUGCUUGAGCCUAUCAACGUUUCUUCCAUGUCUGAGCUAGCUAGUUCACCUAGUAGUGGACUGUUUGAUCCCAUAGAAAUAUCACCUUCUGUGAUUCCCCACUACCCAAAUCCUGUUGAACCUUUGCCACCAAUGUACCCUGUCUUUCCAAACAGAUAUGAGCCAAAUAUAACAGGAAAAUGUCCUGUAAAUUUCUCUCUUAUGUCAAGUCUCAUGGACAAAACAGCAUCUGAUUGUGCUGAUCCUUUGGCGGCACUUUUACGAAAUGUGAUAUGUUGUCCACAGUUAAGUAGUUUUCUCCACCUCUUCCAGGGUUUCUACAGCAAUAACUCUGAUAAGUUGGUUGUCCAAGAUGCUGUUGCUAAUUAUUGUUUUACAGAUAUCAUUAGUAUCUUAGCUAGUAGAGGGGCAGAUAGUAACGUACCUACAAUUUGCUCCGUUAAAUCAUCGAAUCUUACAGGUGGGUCUUGUCCGGUGAAGGAUGUUGUUACCUUUGAGAAAACAGUGAAUACAAGCAAAUUACUGGAGGCCUGCAGCACUGUUGAUCCUCUUAAAGAGUGUUGUAGACCUGUUUGCCAGCCUGCAAUUAUGGAGGCUACUCUUAAGAUUUCAGGAAGACAAUUGAUGAUGGAUGAGAAUAAAAAUAUGGUAGGGGAGUUUAAUCAUAGUGAUCCUCUUGCUGAUUGUAAAGGAGUGGUUUAUUCCUAUCUUUCAAGGAAACUUCCGUUGGAUGACGUAAAUAAUGCACUUCGAAUAUUCUCUACCUGCAAAGUUAACAAAGUUUGUCCUUUAAGUUUUACGCAGCCUUCGGAAGUAAUUGAAGCAUGUCGUAAUGUAGCUGCUCCCAGUCCUUCCUGCUGUAGCUCGUUAAAUACUUAUAUUGCUGGGAUACAAAAGCAAAUGUUGAUUACAAAUAGACAAGCUAUAAUCUGUGCAACAGUGUUUGGGUCCAUGUUACGGAAAGGUGGGAUUAUGACAAAUAUUUAUGAGCUUUGCGAUGUUGACUUGAAAGAUUUUAGUAUGCAAGUAUUUGGACAAGCAGGUUGUCUACUUCGAAGCUUGCCUGAUGAUGUGUUAUUUGACAACACAACAGGCGUCGGCCUUGAAUGUGACUUGACUGACAACAUUGCAGCACCAUGGCCUUCGUCAUCCUCAAUGUCGUCCAUGUCUUUUUGUGCACCUGAGAUGUCAUUGCCUGCACUACCAACAUCACAGACUUUAAAAAAUCCUGGCUGUCGAAGUGGUGAGUUAGAAAUGCUGGUACCCAUUUUUUCAUUUUUUGUUUUCACUACAUUGUUGUUCUGAGAAGCUUUAGCUUGGGGUUGAGCUGGUUUGAGUUAGGGGUUUUUGGAAAUUGAUUUUGUGUGGAUUUUGCAUGUAUAUUUUGAAUAGCCUCCAUGUAUAGCAGCCUCUCUCUUCUCUCUC